CGCGCAGCCUGCCAGGUCCCAGGUCCUGUACGUCCUUAUCUCGCACUGACACGCGCGCGGCAGUCGUCGCGACCGGAAGCAGCAGAUUGUGAGUUCCUUGAAGGCAAGGACCGGUCUGCAACCUUAAUGUCUGCCUGCUGCCCUGGUUCAGGCCCUCACUAUCUCUAGUUGGACAACUGCGUUGGUCUUUUAACUGGUCUCCCUGCCCCGGCCUUGCACUGGUGUUCUUUAAUCUGAGCUCAACACUGCUGGCAGCAGCAGUUCAAUUUAACACCUGCCUGCUUAAAACACCUCAGUACAUUCCAGAUGCUUUUAGCAAAAGUCUCAAUUUCUUAGUCUCCUCCCCUUCUCUAGUCCCUUGCUGCCUUGUGCUUAGUAGGCACUCCAUAAAUAUUUGUUGAGUGAGGACUGUAUCAAAGUCAAACAGAAGAACAAAAAAACAAUGCAAAGGAGUGAGGUCUGGCUGCGGAGGCGUCUGAGGGCAGCAGUGCCAGGCUUCAGGGUGGCUGGGAGAAGUGUAGUACAGCUGUCCCUGAGGACAGAGCCCCAAAACAUGCCUUACUGUACUCGAUGACUGUAUUUGCACAUACCUGGGAUGUGCGACUCCCAUCCACUUGCAUGCUGAUCCCAUUUUCGAGGAAGAACUGCUUCCAGUUACUUUAUAAUCUCAAAGUCCCAGCAGCUGGCUUUAAAAAUACAGUAAAAGGUGCACUCAUUUUACAGUCAAUUUCCAAUGACGUUUACCAGAAUCUGGCUGUAGAAGACUGGAUCCAUGACCACAUGACUCUAGACAACAAGCCAGUUCUGUUCUUUUGGAGAAAUUCUCCCUCCGUUGUAAUUGGUCGGCAUCAGAACCCUUGGCAGGAGUGUAACUUGAAUCUGAUGAGAGAAGAAGGUGUAAAACUGGCUCGGAGAAGAAGUGGAGGAGGAACAGUCUACCAUGAUAUGGGUAAUAUCAAUUUGACUUUUUUCACAACCAAAAAAAAGUACGAUCGGAUGGAAAAUCUCAAAUUACUUGUGAGAGCUCUGAAUGCCAUCCAACCCCAGCUGGAUGUGCAGCCCACCAAAAGAUUUGACCUUCUUCUUGAUGGACAAUUUAAAAUCUCAGGAACAGCUUCUAAGAUUGGCCGGAUGACCGCUUAUCACCAUUGCACUCUGUUAUGUAGUACUGAUAGGACCCUCUUGUCGUCUUUGCUCAAGAGCCCUUACCAAGGGAUCAGGAGCAACGCCACUGCCAGCAUACCUUCCUCGGUAAGAAAUCUUUUGGAAAAAGAUCCCACUCUGACCUGUGAAGUGCUGAUAAAUGCUAUUGCUGUAGAGUAUGCUGCUUAUCAUCAGACUGAUAAUCACAUUAUCCUAAUAAACCCAAAAGAUGAGACACAGUUCCCUGGAAUAAAUAGCAAAGCUAAAGAACUACAAACCUGGGAGUGGAUCUAUGGUAAAACUCCAAAGUUCAGUGUAAACACUUCCUUUAAUGUGUCACAUGGACAGUCACACCUGGAAAUAAAAGUGUUCCUAGACAUAAAGAAUGGGAGAAUUGAAAUCUGUAACAUUGAAGCACCUGAUCAUUGGCUGCCACUGGAAAUACGUGACAAAUUAAAUUCAAGUUUUAUUGGCAGUAAGUUCUGCCCGGCUGAAGUAACUAUGCUAACAAAUAUAUUACAUAGAACAUGUGCAGAAGACGGUGAACUACAGAGUAAAUGGAAUAUUCUCUGUGAAAAAAUUAAGGGAAUAAUGUGAUUCCAAGUAGAUUUCUUAAUAUUGACAUUUCACUGAAAAAAAAAAUUUUUUUCAAUGUACAUUGUAUGUCUCUCAAAAUAAAAAAGGCCUAGACUCUUUCAGUAACUAACUCCCAUUUGAAA